AUGCCAAGACUAAAUGAUGAACGCUCUAAUUUACGCUUUAUCUAUCUGUAUAUUUAUUUCAUAUUUGGAGUUUGUAACCGCGUAUUCGGGGCCACAUGUGUGCCACAGGAUCGUCCAAAAAUCAAGAUACAGAUACACGGCGUGUGGACUAUUCAAUAUGCAGAAUACCUUGCCAUAACGGAGGGACCUGUAUUGCCCCAGACACAUGUCAAUGUCUUCCUUCCCAUGAUGAUGGAAAAUACUGCAAUAAUGUCCAAUGCUCACACGAACACCCCUGUUUCCCUGGAAGCUGCACAUCGUCAAGCAGUUGUGACUGUAUAGAUGGAUGGCAAGGGUCAAACUGCCUGAG